CAUCUUUCCUAGUCAGUGCUUCAAAAAGUCAACAACUUAGCCUUUCUUCGUUGUAUUUUUAAUCGGCGUGUAUUCUAAUGCUGAGUGAAAGAAAACUUAAUAAAAUAUUUAUAUUUUACUAUAUACAUGUAUACAUAUCGUUGUAAGAUGAUAUAAAAAUUCUAUUAAAAGAAAACAUUAUAAAAAUACACGUAAAGUUUAUUAAAUAAAAAGUUAGAAACUAUGUCGGAGGAUUCCAGUUUGUAUAGGUUAGAAGGAUCUGACAAUAAACCUGGUGGCUUAAUUAUUCGAAAAAAAGCAUCCGAUCACACAUUUAAAAAACCUCAAUCUUCUGUUUUGGGCUUGGAUAAACUUGCUGAAAAAAAACGACGAGAAAAUUCGCAAGAACCUACAGAAUCUAAAUUCAAAUUAGAUACAAGAAAAAAAAGGUACAGAUCUUAUGAAGAGGAAACACCUACUCAUACAGGUGGAGUAAAUACCGAGGCACAAAGAAGAUUAGAAACGCGACUGAAACAUCAAAGAUUAAGCGCCCAAGAUAAGCAUUCCAGAUAUCAUGAUCGCGACAGAGACAAUAGAAAGGAUAGAGACCGAGAUAGGGAACGUAGUCGAAGCAGGGAUAGUAUAAAAAGAACUCCACUUAGAUUUAAGGAUGAGCCCCAAACACCCAAGUUUAGGACCAAGGAUCCUACAUCCAAGAGUAAUUGGGAUGACGAUGAGGAUGAAGAACCCAAGAAAUCAAGUUGGGAUCAUCCUACCCCAAAUCUUUACGCUUCUAGAGAUAGUCGUGACAGCGUUAGAAGUGAAUUUACACCCUCGUACAAAUAUAACUCUUGGAACAAAGAUUAUAGACCUUCCGGUACUACGCCAAUGAUAGAUGGUGAAGAAAAAGAACUAUGGGAGGAAGAACAGCAAAGACUUGAUAGAGAAUGGUAUGCAUUGGAUGAUGGGGAAAACUAUGCUUUCGCUGAUGUAUCAGAAGAAUAUACUCAAAAAAAGGAAAUGGAAUUAGAGGCAAAAAGACAAAAGCGAGUUUCAGCUCAACAGAGGCAAAUAAACAAAGAUAAUGAACUAUGGGAAAGAAACAGAAUGUUAACUUCUGGUGUUGUAAGUUCCUUAGAUCAUGAUGAUGAUCCGGAUGAUGAAGCGGAAGGAAGAGUUCAUCUUCUUGUCCAUAACGUAGUACCUCCAUUUUUAGAUGGACGAAUUGUAUUCACCAAGCAGCCAGAGCCUGUUGUACCCGUGCGCGAUCCUACUUCCGAUAUGGCACUUGUGGCAAGAAAAGGUUCUGCAUUGGUACGAGCAUAUCGUGAACAAAAAGAACGUCGUAGAGCACAAAAAAAACACUGGGAAUUGGCUGGAACUCAUAUUGGUAAUAUUAUGGGUGUACGUGACAGAAGAAAAGAUGAUAAAGAAGUUCCUGGUCAAGAAACAGACUUUAAAGCUGGACAGAAAUAUGCAAGACAUAUAGGUGCCAAUGAAAUUACCGGAGAAGCAAAAAAUCGAUCUAUACAACAUCAAAGAAGGAGUCUUCCUGUAUUUGCCGUAAGACAGGAACUUUUGAAUGUUAUCAGAGAAAAUAGUGUAGUCGUAAUAGUAGGAGAAACUGGUAGCGGUAAAACAACUCAAUUAACGCAAUACCUUCACGAAGAUGGCUAUAGUCGCAAUGGAAUAAUUGGAUGUACGUGUCCCAGAAGAGUAGCUGCUAUGUCAGUUGCUAAAAGAGUCUCUGAUGAAAUGGCUACAGCAUUAGGAGAAAAAGUUGGUUACGCAAUUCGUUUCGAAGAUUGUACAUCCAAAGAUACUGUUAUAAAAUACAUGACAGAUGGUAUUUUGUUAAGAGAAAGCUUGCGAGAAGGUGAUUUAGAUAGAUAUAGCGUUAUAAUUAUGGACGAAGCUCAUGAAAGAUCUCUUUCUACUGAUGUCUUGUUUGGUUUACUUCGAGAGGUUGUUGCAAGAAGACAUGAUUUAAAAUUAAUCGUCACUUCCGCGACAAUGGAUUCAAGUAAAUUUUCCGCGUUUUUUGGAAACGCGGCAACAUUUCAGAUUCCUGGUAGAACAUUUCCUGUUGAGAUUUUACAUGCAAAAAAUGCAGUCGAAGAUUACGUAGACGCCGCUGUAAAACAAGUCUUGCAAAUUCAUUUGCAACCAAAAAGUGGAGAUAUUUUGGUGUUCAUGCCUGGUCAAGAAGACAUUGAAGUCACGUGCGAAGCAUUGAAAGAAAGAUUAGCUGAAAUAGAAUCGGCUCCUCCACUUUCAAUUUUACCAAUAUAUUCUCAAUUACCGUCAGAUUUACAAGCGAAAAUUUUUCAACGUUCUGAAGGCGGAUUACGUAAAUGCGUUGUUGCAACCAAUAUAGCUGAAACAUCUUUGACAGUAGAUGGAAUCGUAUUUGUCGUUGAUUCGGGUUACUGUAAAUUGAAAGUGUAUAAUCCACGAAUUGGUAUGGAUGCUCUUCAAGUAUAUCCUGUUUCAAGAGCUAAUGCUGACCAGAGGAGUGGAAGGGCUGGUCGUACCGGACCUGGUUGUUGUUACAGGUUAUACACGCGUAGACAAUAUUUAGAUGAGUUAUUGGCCACAGGAGUACCAGAAAUUCAGCGUACAAAUUUAGCUAACACUGUAUUACUUCUAAAAUCAUUGGGAGUUCAAGACUUACUUGCUUUCCAUUUUAUGGAUCCUCCGCCACAAGAUAAUAUACUUAAUUCUUUAUAUCAAUUAUGGAUAUUAGGUGCUCUCGAUCAUACAGGACGGUUGACACCUUUAGGACGUCAAAUGGCAGAAUUUCCUUUGGAUCCUCCGCAAUGUCAAAUGUUAAUAGUUGCUUCUCAACUUGGUUGCACUGCAGACAUUUUAAUUAUAGUCUCCAUGUUAUCAGUGCCUUCAAUAUUUUAUCGACCAAAAGGUCGAGAAGAAGAUUCUGAUUCGGCAAGAGAAAAAUUUCAAAUUCCAGAAUCAGAUCACUUAACUUACCUCAAUGUAUAUAACCAAUGGAAAGCUAAUGGAUACUCUACGUCGUGGUGUAACGAUCAUUUCAUACAUGCAAAAGCUAUACGUAAAGUCAGAGAAGUGCGUCAACAAUUGGAAGAAAUUUUAAAGCAACAAAAAAUGGAAGUUGUUAGUUGCGGCACUGAUUGGGACAUAGUACGGAAAUGCAUAUGUUCUGCGUAUUUCCAUCAAGCGGCACGAUUGAAGGGUAUAGGCGAAUAUGUUAAUUGUCGUACGGGAAUGCCGUGUCAUCUUCAUCCUACAUCAGCUUUAUUUGGCAUGGGUUUUACGCCGGACUAUGUCGUUUAUCACGAACUAGUUAUGACAGCAAAAGAAUACAUGCAAUGUGUAACUGCAGUAGAUGGACACUGGUUAGCAGAACUAGGUCCAAUGUUCUUUAGUGUUAAAGAAACAGGACGAAGUGGUCGUGCAAAACGAAGACAAGCGAUGCAACAUUUGCACGAAAUGGAAGGUCAAAUGAAAGAAGCAGAAGAGGAGAUGAAAGCAAGAGCACAAGAACAACUAGAACGCGAACAAGCUUCUGUUAAAAAGAAAGAAAUUCUUACACCAGGCAUUAGAGAACCAGGUACGCCUGCACCAUAUCGUAAAACUCCAGGACGUCUUGGAUUAUAAAUAGAUUCUAAUAUGUGAUAUUCACAUAAAUAUUUAAAUAUAAAUAUCAUUUAUUUUGCAUAAUAGGUUAUAGAUGUUUAUACCAAUCAAAUAUAUUAGAAGAAAUAGCAAAAAAUAUGUAAAUAAAUAUGCGUAAAAAAUACAGCAUCUAACGCAAUAACUGUUAAUGUAUUUUGAAAUAUAUUCGUUAUUAUAUAUGCACUAGACACAAAAUGUGUUCAUGCAUAUAUUAGUUAAGCAAAAUAUCUAGGUCAUUCAUUAUGCAAAGCAAUUUUAGAGAUCAAAUAUACAUCUAUUAUCUUUUUAAAAAUUACAUAAUUGUAUAAACAUACAUAACCUACUUAAUAUAUAUGUAAUAUAUAUGUAAGUAUUCUUAUACAAUUUCAUAUACAUAUGUGUUAUCCUAUAAUAUAUAAUUAUAAUUAAAUGCAAAUGCUGUAAAUAUAUGAAAUAUAAAAACUCUUUUAUAUAAUCUGCUAGAUACUUACAAGGAAAAGAAAAUGUUAAUUCUAUCGACAUAAAUACACAUAUUUUUAGUUUAUUAUUUUGGAAUAAUUUUGGUUAGAAAAAGAAAAACACUUUUAUAAUACUACAUUUGUAAAUAAUUUAAAACAUUGAACAAUUUUAUAUAAAUUUUUGGAACAAGUGACUACUUUAGCAUAUGUCGGUUAUAGAUACUUUAUUAAAUUUUUCAUUAUUUUGACUUUUACCCUAUCUAAGAACGGUACCUUAAACUUUGAAUUUGUUUUUAUCGAAAAAAGAAACUAUAAGACCGAUUGUGCUAAAAUUUUUACAUUUUAUUUAACAAACUACAAAUGUAAAAAGAAAAGAUCGAUUUUUUUUAGCCGUAAUAUUAGAAUACCUCUUUCAACGCUAAUAUGCCCCCAAGUACGGUAGGAAACAUCUGCCACAGCAACCAAUGUUUAUGUUUUAGGACAGUACUCUCUAAGACCCUUGAAUGACCAGAAAUAUUAGCAUUCCUCGUAAAAGUAUACUUAUAACAGUGUGAUGAUAUAACGUUAAAACAUAUUUGUUAUUGUUUAUUGUUAAUUCACUAAUUGAUUAUUUUCCAUAAAAUUAGUAAAAGUAAAUUAAAUGCAUAUAUUUCAUUGAAAAAGAUGUUAGAAACACGUUCUGCCGUAUUUAAAUUAAUGAAAACUAACGCUCAUGAAGAACGACAAGUAUGUAAUAUGCUUUAUAUUGUUUAUUUCAAUUUGUAUGCAUAAAAUAUAAUAAUAUAAUUAUCGAUAGAUUCACAAAUGGCCACCCCCAUUUUCUUCAGCGAUAACUCCUUAUUACGAAAGAGAUUUCAACGAUGUCGUUAAACAAGCUUGUGCAGAGAAAUCUUUUAUUCUUCGAAUAUCAAAAGUAAUUGUCAUUGGAGAUGUAGCGGUUGGAAAAACUUCAUUAGUAAAUCGGUAUAAUAUAAUAUAAAUUCAAAAUUUGUUUUUCAGUGUAACACUUUGUAGACGGGAGAUUAUGAUCGUGGUUCGGACAAGAACAAACGUCGAAAGCGAGAAACUGUAAUUUCAGUGAUCUGAUAGACAGUAGUACAAAAUAAUAAAUUAAUUAUUCUUGUAAAAAUAACAAUUACUUUAUAUUUUUAGGCAAAUAACUCUAUAUGUGAUUAGUCAAUUAAAUUUUGUCGCUACACAUUUAAAAAUGGAGCUCGCCUACAAAGUGUUAACUUAAGGAGCUAUUCUGCUCAAACAAUGCAAAAAUAAAAUUAUUUCCGUGAAUUUAUUUUUCCAUAAAAA